ACCUCUUCAGAAAUGGAGGCGAGGAAAGGUAUGGACACGUAAACAGAAAUGGAACAGAAACUUGCUGAGUACAGAGCGAGAAAGUCAAAAGAACACCAGAAAUACACAGAAGAUACAAAUUGGAGGACUCGCUUUUUAGAGAACAUUGGCUUCCGGAACAGACCCACUAACUGUGUACAGAGGAAAGAUGGUGACCCUUCUUCAGAAGAUAGCCAGACCCCAGUUCAGAACAUUGACAAUAGCAGAAGGAAAGAUGACAGAAUCAGUGUGGCUCACACCCAUCAUAGGAAAGAAGAGAUACAGAUGCCACUUACUCAAGGAGAAAAACUCUUUCACACCAUAUCACUGAUACUGAAAAUCCUUCUUUGGGUCAUUUUGUGGGCCUUGUUUGUGGAGAUCGGAUUUGGUGCAGUUUUUUUCAUUGUGUCAUCAUUGAUCAUUAUAUAUAGAACAAUGAAUUCUGGGUCAAGAGACCGUUCCCAGCUUAGUGCAUAUUCUGUGUUUAAUCCAAACUUUGAGCGCCUGGAGGGAACAUUUACUGCAGAGCAGUUUGAAAAGGAACUGCGGUAUGGAGCUGCCUCUGUGAGGUGAUAGGGCACAGAAUAGUGUUAUUGGUACACUAUAUAUGUUUCGUUUUAUUUUAUUUAUUAUCCAAUUCACCACACUGGUCAAAUGGUUUGGGUGUCUCAGAAUUGAAUGUAAAUCAGUGAAACGGGUUUCUAUCCACUUUUUACACAAAGAAUUUCUCUGUGAUAUUUUUUCUUACCAGCAGCUUUUAUCUUUGUCUUUAAAUUACUCUGUUAUAAUUUUUAGAAUUUUCCAAGUGACACAUUUUGCUUGAUCCUGAUUGGUUGAUCCACCUUAUAGGGCAACACAAGAUAUUUUUGUGAAGUUUGAUUAUUUCUUAUGAGGAAAAAAGUAAGGAUUGGCAUGAAAAAUAUCAUUUUAACUUUUGGUGAAAUACAGUAUUAUGCAUUCAGUUACACUUCCACAUUGUUUCCUGUUGAAGUGUUAAAAGGUACCAGUAAGUGUUGGCAAAAGUUAUCAAGUGUCUACUUAUUCAUGCACAAGGGUAGCAGAAUUGAAACAUGUUGUUUUACUCGUAAUUGUUUAUUAAAGCGAUGUAAGCAGCUGUAACAGCCAUAAGGUGUUUGUUAUACGUGGUCAUGGUGAUCACAGGACUUGCCUUACACUUGUUUUAACAUUAUAUACAGAAAAACGUUCAGAAUUUAAUUCAGAAAUGCUAAAAAUGUCAAAAUUUUGAGAAUGAUGUACAGUUUCCUGUUUUUCAUCCCAGUGUCUGUCUCAUCCCUGGGAAUAAGACAAAUCAGAUUUGUAUAUACACACACUCUGUAUUUGUACAUACACGUGCUGCACACAUAGGAGAUGAACUUUCACAAGAACAGAAAAGAAAUAAUAUCACAUUUUUUUUCUUACACAUUUUUAAUUCACCAUGAAAGGUUUUCCCCCCUAUUGUACAUACACUCUCUGACAUAGGUAAUUGUGUUGUUUUUUUUUGUUUAAACAAUAUUUCUUCUUUUUUUAACAAUAUUUUAUUAAAACUGAAAGGAGUGAAAUGUAAUA